UGCCUGGCCUCCUCCGCCUCACAAGCCCCGCCACCAGUAUAUCUGUCCUCUUGGGGAUUUUCCCUCAUACAUAAAUUCUCACCUAGAAGUUGCUUGAGACAAACAAUCGCCGUUAUGUUCAGCUUCAUCGCCGACGGUCUAACUGUUACAACCACCGUCCUCUUCCCCGCCUUCGCCUCUUACAAAGCCCUCCACACCUCCGACCCCGCGGUCCUCGCACCAUGGCUCAUAUACUUCAUCGUACUAUCUCUCUUUCACCUCGUCGAGAACACAUUCGACUUCGUUCUAACCUGGGUUCCCUUCUACGCCUGGUUCCGGUUCUUCAUCCACCUAUACCUCAUCCUACCGGGCUCCCAGGGCGCAACAUUCCUCUACACAGAAUACAUCGAUCCAUUCUUAUACCACCACGAGCGCGAAAUUGACGACUUCAUCACCGAUGCACAUGACCGCGCGCGAAGCGCUGGACUGGCAUAUCUGCAGCAGGGAAUUGAGUGGGUGAAGGUCAACGCUCUUGGGUUUGCUCCCCGACAGCCUAGCCCGCCACCAAGUCGAGGUGCUAGCUAUGCGCAGACAUUCAUGUCGCGAUUUAACAUGCCGUCCGCCAGACCUGACACCGACUUGUACAGCUUGGUCACACAGGCGCUGAGUGGAGCUAGUGCUCUAUAUGCCGGAAACCGGGAGGCGCAGGCCGAGGAGCUGAAUCGCAGUUCAACCCUCAUUCCAGACAGCAUCCGAAACAACGACGAUAGGUUGAAACAUGUCGCGGCACAAAGGGAACGACUGGCUGCUCUCAUGUCAGCUUUCGACCGCGAGCACGCCAAUAUUAAAUCGCAGAGGGAGGGCGGAAGUAGAUAUUAUGAGGGAGGUGGGUUGUCUAAGAGCAGGAGCGAGGCCGAGUUUGACAGGAUUGAGAGGGACGAGGCAAGUAAUCCUCCAUAUCCUACCACGCCCCCAGCGUUCGACCGAAGGACUAGUCAAGGUGGAUGGAUGCCUUGGAACUGGCGAGCUGGACAGAGGCCCGAAGAGGAGGACCCGCUUGCUUACGGAAGAGAUAAUGCGAGUCAGGGACGGUCUACUGGAUUUGAUCUUGGCGAUCGCUGAGAGUUUGUGCCGGAAACCAACCCUGUAGAGUUUUAUGAUUGCGGAGUUUGGGUUCGGCUUCGGAAUAUUAUUAUAGGUGGUAGACAAAACACCUCUAGCCUCGCCGACUUGGCGAGUGACAGGCAGUAUUAUUCUCGCCGCAAGAUGAAUGGAAUUGCGGCACUCAUGAGAUGUACAUUGAGGGAUGAUAUAAUACAGUCUAUGCAUCAGCAUAGAUAGACGGC